AAGAAUCAAAUUUUCCUGAGUCAUAACUUGAGAUAGCAUUACAGCAAUCGAACUAAUGGUGCAGAGCACAGUUGAACUUGAGCAGUUUGGUUCUUUACCUGUUGAGAAUGUCCAAUCUCUUGCAUCCAAGAACAUCCCACCCAGAUAAAUCCGACCAGAGGUUGAAUCCGAUGAGGUUUCCACAGAUGAAUCCCUGCUGAGUCCUGUAAUUGACAUGAGCAAGCUAGACCAUGAUGAUGAACAGAAAAAACUCCAUUUCGCUUGCAAACACUGGGGUUUCUUCCAGUUAAUCAAUCAUGGGGUAGCAGAUGAAGUGAUUGAGCAAAUGAAGACCGACGCACAAGAGUUCUUCAACUUGCCUUUGGAGAAGAAGAUGGCUUUUGCACAGAUACCGAAUCACAUCGAAGGCUAUGGCCAAGCCUUUAUUGUAGCAGAAGACCAGAAGCUUGAUUGGGGCGACAUGAUCUUCCUUUUUGGCCUGCCUGUGCCCUUAAGAAAUAAGAGAUUCUGGCUGACCAAUCCUCCUUCACUCAGGCCAACCUUGGAGAAGUACUCAAUGGAGUUGCAUAACGUUAUGAUUCAACUCAUGAAGCUUAUUGCCAAGAACCUGGGAACAGAUCCUGAGAAGCUUUUAAGCUUCUUUGAGGAUGAAAUACAAGGAAUAAAAUUGAACUAUUAUCUACCAUGUCCAGAGGCAAGCAAGGUUCUUGGUGCAUCACCUCACUCUGAUACUACAGCCUUAACACUCUUGCUUCAAGUCAAUGAAGUUGAAGGAUUGCAGUUCAAUAGAAACCAGAAAUGGGUACCUGUUAAACCCAUCCCAAACGCAUUCAUCAUCAAUAUCGGAGACGUGCUUGAGAUUCUGAGCAAUGGAGAAUACAAAAAUGUAGUACAUAGAGCUGUGGUAAAUCCGGAGAAAGAGAGGCUGUCGAUUGCAUCAUUUCACUGUCAAAAAAUGGGAACCCAGAUUGGUCCUUUGGAAGAUCUUGUUCAGACGAACAAGGCACUGUAUAGGACUCUACCAAUUGAGGAGUUCCAGAGGUUGAAGAUGACCAGCAAACUUGAUGGGAAAUUUAUGAUAAAUAAAGUGAAGCUCUAGUACGGAAUCUUAGUCAAGUUUAUCACAUCUUUGUCCAUGCUAAAUACUUGAAUAAAGACAGAUUCUGAAAAAAGCA